UUCUCUUUUUUUCAGUCUGUGUCGUGUCAUUGGGAUGGUGCUUGGGUGUUAUUGAAAGUGGUGUGAAUUUAAAAAUAAUUUUAUCGUAAUACCUAAAUCAAAUCAUACUUUUCUUAAUAAAAGUUGUUAAGUUUUAAAAGAGGUCUUGUGUGGAUAAUAUCGCUCGUUGAUAUAAAACCAGUCGCUGCUACUAAACAGAUAAAUGACGAUGCGGCAACAGUGAGGAGUCACCGCAACGAUGCCGCCGCGACAAUGAAACACUACUCGAGUGGCCCCACGACAGUCAAUGACUACUUUAUGAUGUACCUGGCCAAAUGGAAGCGCGCCGCUGUUGUCUUGCUCUUCGUUUGGAUUGUCGUCACCUACCUGGUUAUAUCUCCACUCAGAUGCAAUGGAAACCAAGAUGAGGCAUCAGAAUUCCAAGAGAGGUUAAAAAAGGUGUCGUCACAACUGGAGACGUUGAGGCAACAACAUAGUAAUCUCAUAUCACAAAUAAAGAAGUCCUCUAGCCUCAAUGGUAACCUAAAGGACAUAGACACAGGGUCCCUGUUCCUAGACGGGGUCCAGGGACCCACAGAAGACUAUGAGAAUCUCAGAAGGAGGAUAUACUCCAAUACUAAGGAGCUAUGGUACUAUGUACACCACGAGCUCACUAAGGUGAUACAAGAAGAUAAUAAAGCUGAGAAGAUACAGACAAUAUUGGACCAAAUUGGUGAAAGGAAAAGAUCGCUGCUCUCGGACCAGCAAUCGUUACCAGAGCUGGACGGGUACAAUGAGUGGAGGCAGGCGGAGGCAGCUAACGUCAGCGACCUGGUGCAAAGGCGGCUCCAUUACCUACAGAACCCGCCUGACUGCAAGGACGCUAGAAAACUCAUAUGUAACUUGAAUAAGGGUUGCGGCUUCGGUUGCCAGUUACACCACAUAGUAUACUGCCUCAUUUUCGCGUAUGCAACGGAACGCACCCUCAUACUCAACUCGAAAGGAUGGAGGUACAACAACAAGGGCUGGGAGUAUGUCUUCAUGCCCAUAUCUGACACCUGCACCAGCGCAUACGAUGACAAAGUUGUUAUGUGGCCAGUAACGUAUGAUGCCAAGGUGUUAGCUCUGACGUUCAUAGACUCGAUAUCUCAGAAGCCCAAGUUCUUACCGCUCGCCAUUCCUAAGGAUUUGGCGCAUAGGAUAACGAGAUUUAACGGUGAUCCAUCGUCAUGGUGGAUAGGUCAGAUGCUGAAAUACAUUUUGAAGCCUCGACAGGCGAUGCAGAAAGCCAUCAAUGACACUAUAGCUAAGAUGAACUUCAAGAAACCUAUCGUUGGAGUCCACAUAAGGAGAACAGACAAGGUGGGCACGGAGGCGGCCUUCCACCACAUCCACGAGUACAUGGUCCAUGUCAAGGACUACUACGACCAGCUCGAGCUCACCCGCCCUGUCGACGUCAGGCGAGUCUACCUGGCUACUGAUGAUGCUAACGUAUUGGAAGAUGCACGCAGCAAGUACCCGUCGUACGAGUUCCUGGGCGACGCGUCGAUCGCCAAGACGGCGGCGACACACCGGCGGUACACGCCGCUGUCGCUGACCGGCCUGCUCGUCGACCUACAUCUACUCGCGCUGUGCGACUACCUCGUCUGUACCUUCAGUAGCCAGGUCGGCAGAGUAGCGUACGAGAUGAUGCAGACGAACCGCGUGGACGCGUCAGACAGCUUCUUCUCCCUCGACGACAUCUACUACUUCGGCGGACAGAAUGCACACGAUAGAGUUGCUGUCAUGCCCAAUGAUGGCGCUUAUCAGGAUAUAUCCUUCCAGGUUGGCGAUUUAAUAGGCAUUGCGGGCAACCACUGGAACGGUUACGGUCGAGGCACCAACAAACGAACAAACAUGAAUGGACUGAUACCUUGGUACAAGACUGCGGACCAUUUGGUCCUAUACCCAUUCCCGGAGUACAAACAGGUGCCGCUGUACACAGAUACGCGACAGAAAGACUUAUAAGGAAGGCCCUAGUGGUCUCCUACAGACACAAGGGACGUCCUAGUGGUGCCCUAAAGACACAAGGAAGGUCCUAGUGGUUCCCCAUAGACUCUGAUGACGUGACCUAAGUGACUAUUAACAGUUUCGUUAUUUAAUUACAUCGUGCGUUGUGCAAACUUGUGGGAGCUGCAAUUUAUACGGGCUUGUAUACAGGCUAGACGUAAAAAAACUAGCCAAAUUAUAUUUUUUUGCAGAAAUAACUCUAAAUACAGUGUGAUUAAAGUUUAAUUCUAGUUGAAACUUCAGUGGUUUUACUAAAAAAUUGAUUAAGAAAUCUGCAGAAUUACUCAAAAUUGUAUCGCAGUCUCGCCUGUGUACACGUCUCUUGCGCGUAGAAAUAAUAUUUAUGUCGUUAAAGUUUUCGUAAAAACGUCUUUUACGGGCUUGUUAAUUGUUAAUGGACUGUCUUUAAUUAAUUAAUUACUAUAUGUACUGUGAGCGUGAACUUCUCAAUUUCUUUAAUUAUGGUUUACAGCUUCUGUACGUAACCGUUUGACUGGAAAACUACCAGUUUCACUGAUGCCUUGUUCGCACUAUGCUAGUAUAUUAGUCGAGCAUCGAGUGUGUAGUAUAUCUCUUUCGUUUCUGUCCCAAAAUCGAAGCGAGAGAGAGUUACCAAAUACUCGCUACUUGACUAAAGUACUAGCAUAGUGUGAACACGGCGUAAGUGCUGUCCGCGCAAUGUUGCUCUAGACAUGCCCCCAGCGUGGCUUGAAAUGAGUUCAGUUACUUCGUCAAACAGUUGCAAGUAAGCUGUGAGUCAGACUUUAUUGAAAAAGUCUGCAUUUCUGUUGAAUUUUUGAAAUAUGAUUGUUGAAUCAUAGAUUAAGGUUAAUAUCUCAAGUUUAAAUAAAUCUAUCGAAUGGGUUUGAAAACUUUGAUCUUUUAUGAGAUGUUAGGAGAUGUUGAAAGUGUAAUCGUUAUGAUUUGUGGUGUCCGCAUUUAACAUGUAUUCAAAACUAGUACAAAUGUACUGUUAAAGAAUUAAAAAAUGUAAUGUACAAGUUAAAGAGAUGUCUUUAAGGAAAAAUAUAAUGAAGUUUCCACUUUAAAGUCAACCAGCUACCAGUUUUACCUAAUUUGAACCGUAUUACCAACUGCAUAGAUCUAAAAUACAAACAAUCGCCCUGCAACAUUUAUAUGACUUGGCAAGAAGAUAAAAACAGUCUCCAUCAAUCAACAGUACUGGUUCUGUUCUGACUAACAGACAAUGCAUUCCUUCUGCGCAGUUUUGGCUAAUACUUAUACAAUAUUAAGGUUAAAAAAGGAAACAUAAUGUUCCAUUAUCAAUAUUAAACUGACUAAUUUUGAGUCCUAAUGCGCUAACGGUUUGAUAGUUGCGCAAAGUAUUUGCGCAUAAUCACAGCCCAUUUUUUACGACGAGACAUUUACCCGUUGUAAAAACUGUACCUUUUUGAAACAGUAAAUGAACUUAUGAAACUCACAAUU